AUGUAUUUCCACCUCGAGCUUUCUAUCAAAGUCUAUCGGGUCACUGGUCUGCUGCGCAACAACGACGAUAGCAUAAGGACAGCUAAAGCCUGGACAUCCCAAAAAGGGGAGGAGGUAAAUGAAUAUAAAUAUCCCCCACUCACCAAUCGUGACUUCACAAGUCUGAAAAAGAUUUUUGGACCCCUGAAUGACUACAGAGUAGACACACUGCAUCUCCAGAAUACCGGCUGCGUGGAUAGUUUGGAACAGCUUGCUUGGACGGUCGAUCUUCUCGGCGGAAACGGUCAGCUUAGCCAAGUGGGUCACUUCACGGCCUUGUUCCGUGAUCCCAAGACGGUUGGCUGGUGA